UUUAUUUCUCAACUUUCUAGCAAGCUCAAUUAAGCUUCUUCAGAAUAAAGCAAAACAAAGACACUUGUUGUAUUGUAACACAAUAAAAUAUAUUGUUCUUCUCUUCUUCUAAUUCUUGUUUGCAUAGUGUUUCGAGUUAUAUUAAUAUUUGAUUCUAUAGCACAACAAUGGAGGCAGAGAGACCAUCAGGUUCCAAUGGAAACAACAAUGGGGAGGUUCGUUACAGAGGGAUUCGAAGGAGGCCGUGGGGGAAGUUCGCGGCGGAGAUUCGCGACCCGACGAGGAAAGGGGCUAGGAUAUGGCUGGGGACAUUUGACACUGCGGAGCAAGCUGCACGGGCUUAUGAUGCUGCUGCAUUUCAUUUUCGUGGUCACAGAGCAAUUCUCAACUUCCCCAAUGAGUACCAGGCUCCUCCUGAUGCAGUGAACUCUUAUUCUUUGCAAAUGCCUCUCAGUGCUCCUUCUCAUGCUUCCAAUUCAUCUUCUUCUUACUCUGGUGGUGAUGGUAACAAUGGCAUUGUGAAAGCUGAACCUUCUGGAGAGAUGCAAUUUGGUGAUGAUCACAGUUUUGAGUUGGAGUACUUUGAUAGUAAGUUGCUGGAAGAUCUCCUUCAAGAUGACAGAUAUGGGCACUAGAAGCAAAUAACAAGCUAGCUAGGGAGUUAUGAAACAUUAACACCAAAGUUUCCUUUACGUCACAAUUCUACAUCGAUUGGCAUGAAUUCUGCUGUUUAUUCCUAGCUAAGAGACACGUAUUCUAAAUUCUUGAAACUGAGAUGACAUUGUAAUAUUCAUUGUGAGAAUUUAAUUAGUUGAGAAAAUAAGUGACAUGGAAUGUCAGUGUAAUUAAGAACGUUUGCUAUGCUCAAUGGCUGUUUUUUUU